AUGGAUAAAAUUCAAAACAUUGUAAAUGAAAUGCAAAAAAUAGAUAGUGCUCGUAUUCUUACUAAAAUACAAACUACAGAACAAUUAUUACCUUCAAUUAACCAAAUUAUUCUUGAAAAACAAAAAAUGCUUAAUGAAUUAAAACAAAAUCAAAUGAAUUUAAAUUCUUUUAUAGAACAAUUAAAUACUCAAAACUCUUCUAUUCAAAUAAAAGAUUCAAAGCAUCGUUCUAUUGCAUUAGACAUAGAAGAAAUUUUAUUAAUUAAUAAUCAUGCAUUACUUCUUGCUUAUCUUCAAUCAAUUCCUGUUGAUAUAUUUUGUCAAACAACAUUUAAAACAGAAGUCUUAUUAUCAUUAUUAACAUUUCUUGUAUCUAAUUUAUCUACUGAAUUAAUAGAAAUUAAACUCUCUUUCAUUCUUUUAACAUUAAAGAAUCUUAAUAUUAAAAAAGUUCCAAAACCAUAUUUGUCUCUUUUUAAAGACAUUCAACAAACUUUCUUAUCAUUUAAAGAAAUGUUAUAUUAUGAAAAUUAUUAUAAAGCAAUUAUGUGGAUUCUUUAUUUAUGUGAAGAUAUGAUUGAGGCUUUACAAAAUUAA